AUGAUUUCUUUUUCUGAAUUCAAGUGGUUUAGCGAACAUGACCCAGCUUUUAAAAUCCUGAAGCCCUGGUGGGACGUCUUCUCUGAGUACCUAACCAUCCUCAUGUUCAUGAUCGCGAUGUUUUCAGGAGGUUUGCAGGUGACACAUAAAAAAAUUCUUUGUGUUCCUGCACCGGAAGGCCUAUCUGGCAGACUUUGGAAUUUAAGUGUUCUAGAAGGACGUCUCAAUGUCUACGGCUCAGCAUUUAAGACGAAACUGGAUCUUCAGCAGUAUUACUUGAUUAACCAGUGGUGCUACGACAACGCUGUCUUAUGGUUCUCCAAAUAUUUCCCUUACUUGGCCCUUCUCCAUACCAUGAUUUUCGUCAUCAGCAGCAACUUCUGGUUCAAGUUUCCCGGCACAAGCUCCAAGAUCGAACACUUCGUCCUCAUCCUCGUCAAGUGUCUGGAUUCUCCGUGGACCACAAAAGCCCUUUCUGAAACCGUUUACGACUCCAGUCAGGUCUCUGCAGUGAGCAGCAACGCAGAGAAGCGUGAUAGCAGUGACGGGGGGAUAUACGAGACCUUGUUCAGCGACAAAAACACAGCACUCGGGGGUGACAACGCGGCCCCGGCCGAGAGCUACCAAAUGGACAACUCUGCGGUGAAAAUCCUGGACAAGAAGGAGGGAGAGCAGGCCAGGGCUUUAUUCGAGAAGGUGAAGAAGUUCCGCGUUCACACAGAGGAAGGGGACAUUCUGUAUAAGAUGUACAUGAGGCAGACCAUUUUCAGGACGCUGCAGGGGCUCUCCAUUGUUAUCUACAUCACCAUUUACAUGCCAUCCAUGAACCACAUCGUCCACUGUGUCGAGUCUCUGCACAUCACGGGCUACACAGACUUCUACUGCGUCCAUGGUCUCUGGAGGAUAUUCACAAUGCUGUCUGUGCUCUACGUGACCUCUGUCAUCAUAUACACCUGCACCUGCUUCUACACUCUCUACUGGAUCUUCUACUACAACCUGAAGGAGUACUCCUUCGAGAACAUCCGCGCCGAGUCAGGGAUGGACGAUAUCCCGGAUGUCAAGAAUGACUUUGCCUUCCUGCUGUAUCUCAUCGACCAGUACGAUAUGCUCUACGCCCGCAAGUUUGCCGUCUUCCUCUCCGACGUCAGCGAGACGAAGCUGCUCCAGCUCAACCUGAACCACGAGUACACGCUGGAGAAGCUCAAGCAGCGCCUGUCCGUCAGCGAGGACAACAAGGUGGAGCUGCACCUCUACAUGCUACCGGGCAUCCCCAUCAAUGUGUACGACUUGGUGGAGAUCGGGGUGCUGAAGCUGGAGCUCAUCGUCGACGUGACCCUCAUCUCGCCUGUCUCCAACCUGAAGCAGCUCCGGGAGCUGUGGCUCUGCAACUGCACCGUCAAAGUGGAGAAGCAGGCGCUGGCCUUCCUCAAGGAGAAUCUAAGGGUCUUCCGGGUUCGAUUCUCAUCCAGCCCUGAGAUCCCAACUUGGAUGUAUGGCUUGGGGAAAUUGAGGGAGAUCUACCUGGAAGGAUGCCUCCAUAACAUAACCCUUCAGCCCUUCCGCGACCUCAUCCACCUCCGCUCUAUUCACCUGAAGUCCAACAUUUCCAAAGUCCCGAACGCCUUCUUCGAUACAGGUAGCCACUUGACCCACCUCUCCAUCCACAACCAGGGGACCAAGCUGCUGAACCUGACCAAUGUCAAGAAGCUCUUCUGCCUGACCCACCUCCGGCUCCUCCACUGCAACAUGGAACGGAUCUUCAGCUCCGUCUUCAGCUUCCAAAACCUGCAGGAACUCGACCUCACGGACAACAACCUCAAGUCCACCGAGGAGCUGGCCAGUGGUCAGCAGCUGCGCAAGCUCAUCUCCCUCAACCUCUCGCACAACAAGAUCACCUCCAUCCAGCCACAGAUCUCCAAGAUCACAGGGCUGGAGAAGCUGUACCUCAACAAGAACAAGAUCACCACCCUGCCCCCCAGCCUCUUCAAACUCUCCAAGCUGCUAGUCCUUGACGUUUCCCACAACAACCUGACAGAGAUCCCAGCUGACAUCGAGCAGUUGUCUCACCUCCAGCACUUUAUCGCCUCCAACAACUCUAUCUCCGGACUACCCAAAGAGCUCUUCUCCUGCACCAAGCUGCGGGUCUUGGUGCUGUCUCGGAACAACAUCACCUACCUUUCCCCGCUAGUUGGGCAGCUGUCAGACCUGCACCUCCUCGACCUGAAGAAUAACAAGCUGAACACGCUGCCAGUGGAGCUGACGCUGUGCCUGAACCUGCGGGACAGUCAGCUCCUUGUGGAGCCUGGUGCUUUCUGCUCCUUGCCCAUGGAAGCCAGGGAACAGCUCUGCAAUAGGAAAGCACAGUGCGGCAAGAAUGUAAGUCUUCUGAUUUUUUAAAAGCCCUCUGGUUCCCAUGCCAUGUUUUGUUAAAAUACUAACAUUGUUGUUGUAGGUUUCUUGAUUGUGAGUGUCAUGUUAACAAUAUUGUACCGUACUAAAUUUAUUUGACGAACAACCCGUGGUCCCACAUAGACAUUUAUUUAGCCCUUUGAGGUCCAUUUAUUCAGCACGUCUCAGGCGUGUUAGGUCCAAUUUAUUUUCACAUAUGCAGUUUAUUUUAGACGCGCUGUUUAAAAGUAUUUUUUUUCAAAGUAAAACAGG